CUAUGAUCCAGCGAAGUAUUGGAUACAUUCUUCGCGAUCACGACUCAGGCUUGACCGUGUAGGGAUAAGCACACUUUCAUACAUGAAUGGGCUGGCAUACAACAGCCGGCAUAUUCUGCAUCAGGGUUGACGUCGGUCUCGGCCUCAACUGGAGAAUCGUUAUCGGGGUUAAGAAGGUUUUGUCUUCUCCCCUACAGAACUUGUGACAACGUACCAGAGUUUCUCUCUAUUGAAGUGGAGCGUGACAUUCUUGCUUCCUGAAAAGCGCUAUGUCCGACUGCUCGGUUUCGGAUUGUCGUCUUUGAAGCAACAUGAGGAGUCGGAUAUAGCUUUUUCCAGGCAGAAAUAUUCAAAUUCGGGUCGGACAGUCCAUGGCCUCAACAGACUUUAUGAUGGAGAAACACCUUGAGCCGAACCUCUGCAUAGAUAAAUACAUGGGAUCCCCAUUCGUCUUGUUAUCUGCUUAUUACCAGCUACACUGACAGCAUCUAUCGAUAUGGAGUCCACCCUUGAUCAGAUUCGUUCUUUAGCCCAUGAGGCUGACGACGUUGGCAAGCGCAAUAUAUUAGACCAAUUGAGACAACUUCAGACAGAAUUGGAGAAACCGAUGGAUCUGUUCAUGAAAUUGUACAACUCGCAUAUCCAGAUUGCCGUGGUCUAUGUCGCCGUCCAGCUGGGGCUGUUCAAGCACCUCGCUAGAGAUCCCGCAUCAACUGUGACUGUUUCUCAACUUGCCGGAGAAUCAGGCGCGUCUCCAGAACUGCUUCGAGCAUUACUGCGAUACCUGGCGUCCGUAGGCUUCAUCUCGAACCCAAGUCCAGAUCACUACCAAGCCACCAAGCUCACACACUUUCUUGCUACUCCUGUAGCAGAAGCAGGCCUUCUUCAUGCCUUCGAGACGUGCGGACCUGCCACCAGCGCGAUCCCUUCUUUCCUCGCAGAAAGUUCCUACGCAGACAUCACUUCAAACACGAACACGCCCUUUCAGAAGGGGCACAGAACCGACUUGGGCGCGUUCCAAUGGCUUACUCAGCAUCCCAAAAACUUUGGCGCCUUGCAGACGGUCAUGACAGCACUUCAGUCUGCGGAUUGGCUCGAUGCCCUCGAUUUUCUCGACCAAGCAGCCAGUGAUUUCGCGCAGGAAAGUGAGAAGGCAUUUUUCGUCGAUGUUGGUGGCGGGCAUGGCCAUCAGUGCAAGCAGCUCCUUCAAAAGCAUCCUCAGCUCCACGGCAGCAUCGUCCUACAAGAUCUGCCCCAGGCUGUAGACAAGCUUCCACCCAUCGAAGGCGUCAAGGCCAUGGCGCAGAACUUCUUUGAGGAUCAGUCAGUCCAAGGUGCCAAAUACUACUAUCUUCGCCGAAUAAUGCACGACUGGCCCGACGCGGAUUGCCAGACGAUCCUGUCCAAGCUUUCUGAGGCUCUGAGUGCGGAUUCACGUAUACUGCUUGACGAAGUCGUGCUUCCAGACGAAAAUACACCAUGGCAGGCUGCCAUGCAGGACAUCUCGAUGAAGAUCUUGUUCGCGGGUAGGGAGCGAACGCGCAGUGAAUGGAGUGGCUUGAUUGAGAGAUCAGGAUUGAACCUGAUUGACAUUCGGACGUAUGACAUGUCGUCGUGCGCCUCUGUCAUUGUUUUGGAGAAGAAAUAAACGAAAUGGCCGGUCAAAACGACUCGCUGAGUCGCUGUGAUCCUGGAAUAUUUUUUCGGAUAUCUAGUUACUCACCUCAGUUUUUGCCGACAUACCUCAGCCGUGGAAAUUCGUCCUAUAUAAUUGUAAUGGUCAUUUCAUGUUACAUACGGUUGACUCCGAUGAGUCCAUCAAAUUUUCAAAUCGAACUUCGACGGUAACGAGUCCGAUGGCAAUCGUGGGUGGAGCAGCAUUAUCCAUGCCAGCCAAUUGUGACCUCGCACUUGAACGGC